GUCAGAUAACUGGAAAUUGAUGAUCUGGGUUCAUUAUCAAAGGAAACAUAUAAAGUCUAAAUAGCCAAACCUAGUUCUAAUAAUUUCAAAUGGCCUCAAGUCCACAAAGAAUUUUUGGAAAAAUUUAUAAAACCUUUGAUGAAACCAAAGGAGAGACUGUAAUAUUCUUCUCUAAAAUGUAGUAUUCUCUUGUUGGGGUUUUCUUGGGGUCUCUGGAGGCAGCCUUCAUUUCAGUUCAGUAAUUACCCCAAAUGAAGCCAGGUAUUAAAGUCCAAAUCCUUUAUUGUUCCUUCCUGGGGCUGGGCAGCUUUCUGAAGAGCCUUUAAGUCUGGCCUUGGUUCCGAGAGCUUGAGCUCCCACCUACCUUCUCUAGCUUCUGAAUCUCCCUGACUGAAUCCUGGCUGAGGCUCCUGGCUUAUAUAUGCUGUCUUAUCAAAGGUAUGAAUCUUGUAGAACUAUAAUAAGUCCUAAAUACAUGUACUGAAUUAGAGAACUGUUAAGCACCAUGCUAAAUUAGAUAACUAUUAUCUCUAUCAAUUCCACUGACUUAUUACCUUGUUUCAAGUUCUGGCCCAUAACAAGAGACUGAGGAAAAGUUAGGGAAAAUAAAGAAGAGCCAUCCAAAAAUUCAAGAAAAUUUGAAGAGAAACUCAAUAAAUCAGAAAAAAAGAGAUCCACAAACUUAAGGAAGAAAAUAUCUUUUAAAAAAAAUAGAAUUGGGCAAGAGGAAGUUAAGACACCCAGAAAUACUUAAAGCCAAAAGAUUAAAAAAGCACAAGAGAUCUGAAACAUUUCAUUAGAAAAACAAAUGAUAUGGAGAGUAGAGUAAGGAGAGAGAAUAUAAGAUUGUUGAAUUAUCUAGGAAUUAUCAGGGACUCAUUAAGGUGAAACUGUUUAUUUUUAAGAUGUGAAAAUAUUAUGAAUACUUUUUAAAAUGUCCUCUUUACUUGGGUAGUUUGAAAGGAAAGCUUGGAUUGAGUUGAGGAUGGUGAAUUGAUUCUAAAAAAUAAAGUUGGGUUGGGAGAGAUAAGGAGCAAUUUUCAUAUGCAAAAAGGUCCUGAAAGGCAGAACUGAUACAGAAGAAGCAGGUGGGAUUGGAGGGCUAGUAGUGCUAGAACCUUAUUCUCAGGGGAUUAACAGAAAAGGAAAUAGAAUAUCUAUAUAAUCAUAUUUCAGAAAAUAAAUUAAAUAAUUCAUAAAUGAGCUUUCUAAAAAUAAAGCAUCAGAACAAGACAGAUUGGUAAGGGGAUGCUAUCAAACUUUUAAAGAUCAAUUGAUUCAAAUAUUGCAUGACAAUUUUGAAAAAUAGGAAAAGAAGGGGUACCUACCACCAAGCACCUUUCUGAAACAAAUAUAGUAUGUAUAUUCAAACCAGAAAAAAGAAAGAAAGAAAAUUAUAACUCAGUUUCAUUAAUGUAUACAGAUGCAAAAAUUCUAAAUAAAAUAUUAAGUAGGAGAAUACAACAAUACUUAUAUUGCAUAUAGUGAUAAGUUAGGAUUUAUACCAGGAAUGCAGAGAUGUAUUACUUAAAAGAAAUGAUUCACAUAAUUGAUUAUAUCAAUUAGAACAGAAACAAAAAUCAUAUGAUUACAUCAUAGCUGAAGAAAAACCUUUUGAUAAAACACAAGACUCAUUUCUAUUAAUAAACCUUGAAAGAAGAUAUAUAAAAGCAUUUUUUUCUUAAGUUGAUAAAAAGCAUUUGCGUAAAGCCAUCAACAAGUAUUAUUUGUAAUGAGAAUUAGCUAGAAGCCUUUCCAAUAAGGUCCAGUAUAAAACAAGAAUUCCUCAGAAGUGAGUGCAAGAGAUAAUGUUGUAAAAAAAUUACCCUGGCAUGGGUUCUGUCAAUAAAAAGUUAUUAUAAAAAUAAAUAAAUAAAAUUUUUAAAAAGGAUUCCUUCUCUUAUCAAUAUUAUUCAAUAUCACAUUCUGGAAUAAAGCAAUUAGGUGGCAGAGUAGAUAGAACACUAGGCCUGAAAUUAUAAAGACUUGCUCUACUGUACAAAUCUGAUUUGAAACCCCCUUCUCCUGGAAGUAGCAAACUACUUCAGAAAGCCCUGGAAUAGCAAUAAGAAAAAAAGAAAUAGAAUCAGAGUAGGGAAUGAGAUAAUAAAAAGAUCUCUUUUAGUUGGUGCUAUGAAGAUAUACAUGAGAAAUCACAAAGACUCAACUAAAAGUUAGAUAAAACAAUAAUUUUAGUAAAGUAGCCAGAUAUAAAUAAACCCAUAUAAAUUAACUGCAUCCAUGUUUAUCAAGAACAAAACCCUCCAAGAGAGAGUAAGAAAUACUCCUUUUAAAAUAACUUUAGGCAGUAUAAAAUAUCUGUAAUUAUACCUGCCCUAAUAAGCCCAGGUUUUACCUGAACGUAAAUAAAUAAAAAAGCCUUUUUGCAAAUAAAACCAGGUUUAAGUAACUGGAGAAAUAAUAAGUGUUCAUGCAUAAGCCAGGCCCAUAUAAUAAGAAUGACAAUUUUAUCUAAACUAGUUUGUCUUCCCAAUUUGAUUAUCCCAAUCUAAUUACCAAAAACUCAUUUUGCUGAAUUAGAAAAAUAAUAGCAUUUAUUUGGAAGAGCGAAAGGUGAAGGAUAUGAAAGGAACUAAUGCAAAGGAAAGAGGUUUAGCAAAACCACUUCUUAAAUUGUAUUAUAAGGCAAUCAUUAUCAAAACAUAUCUGAUACUAAGAAAUAAAAAGGUAGAUCAAUGGAAGCGAGUAAGCACACAAUUUAUAGCAGCAAAUAAACAGAGUAAUAUUUUAUUUAACAAACAUAGACAAGAUUUUAGGAUAAUAAAUUGUUGGGAAAACUUGAAAGCAAUAUGGCAGAAAUUGUUGACAUCACAUCCGGUAGUUUUAUUGCCUUUUGACUGUUUUUGUUUAAUGUAAAUAUUUAGCUUGGAGUGAAUAAGUGUGUGAUGGCAUCAACACUCUGUAGUGCACAUCUCAUUAGUCACUUUCAUAUUCUGUCUGUCUCUUCUCCUUACAAUGACAUAGAUGAUUAAAGGUCAAUUUUUGCUGCAACAAUACAUCCAUGAAGUUUUAUUACAUUUAGGUGAGUGUUGAGAUUUUAUUGCAUCAGGUGAGUAAUGAGAAGGUCAUGUGCCUCAUAAGUCUUAAAUAACCACUGAUAUUCUUUUUAUUUAAGUGUGUAUAUCUUUUAGUGUAUUUAUGUUUAAUUGUUUAUUUUCUUCAGUUGUAGAGACCAGGAUUGAAGUAAAUGAGAUGAGUAGAAAACUAUGGAUUUUGAUGGAAGAAAGUAACAUACAAAGAUUCUUGAGUGAUUCUUCCUGUGACUUCACUUUGAGUGAAAUCCAUGAAUCUAAUAUCAAAGUUGAUCAAAGUUUAACCAAAGUUAAAAAUCCAAAGAGUGACAUUGAAUUUGAUGAAACUGGAAAGAAAUUCACACAACCUUCAUUCCUAAAUCACUGUCUUCUGGAUUGUGACUAUAGGAAAUAUUUUACUGAACUGAUAAAGGAUUUUCAGUCCCUGGAGAAGCCUCCUGAAAUGCAAAUAUAUCCAAAUAAUCAAUCAGAAAUGGCCUUCAGCAAGAGUUCAGAUCUCAGACAUCAGAAAAGUGAUACUGGAGAAAUAUUUUGUGUAGGUAAGGAAGCUGGGAAGCCCUUGAAUAAUAACUCUAAACUCAUUACUCAUCAGCAAAUUCACACUAGAAAGCAACUUGAUAAAGACAAUGAAUUUGAAGCAAUCUCAUCUCAUUAUUCAUCUGUGGUUUACCCUCCUAAAUUUGAUCCUGGAAUGAAAAGAUAUAAAUUUGGUGAGUGUGAGAAAGCCUUUGGUUUGAACUCAGAUGUUGAUAGACCUCAGAAGAUUCAUACUGGAGAGUUUUAUAAAUGUAAUGAAUGUGGAAAGGGUUUCUGUUACAAAUCACUCCUUUUUUGCCAUCAGAGAAUCCACACCGAACAGAAACAUUUUGAAUGUAAUCAAUGUGGAAAGACUUACACAAAGAGAUCUAGUCUUGCUGAACAUCAGAGAAUCCACACUGGAGAGAAACCUUUAGAUUUUAAUCAACCUGGGAAGGCUGUGACCAAGAGCUCCAAUCCUGCUCAGCAUCAGAGAAUCCACAAUGGAGAUAAACCUUUUGAUUGUAAAGAAUGUGGAAAGGCUUUCAUCAAGAGGUCCCUUCUAGCUACACAUCAGAGAAUCCACACUGGAGAGAAACCUUUUGUUUGUAAUCAGUGUGGAAAGGCUUUCACACAGAGGGGCAGUCUUACUGAACAUCUGAGAAUCCACACUGGAGAGAAACCUUUUAAAUGUAAUCAAUGUGGAAAGGCUUUCAGAUAUAGCUCCCAUCUUGCUGAACAUCAGAGAAUGCACACUGGAGAGAAACCUUUUGAUUGUAAUCAGUGUGGAAAAGCCUUUACAACAAGAUCCUGUCUUGUUAAACAUCAGCGAAUCCACACUGGAGAGAAACCUUUUGAUUGUAAUCAGUGUGGAAAAGCUUUCACACAGAAAGACAGUCUUGCUGAACAUCAAAGAAUCCACACUGGAGAGAAACCUUUUGAUUGUAAUCAGUGUGGAAAGACUUUCACCAAGAGGUGCCGUCUUGCUGAACAUCUGAGAAUCCACACUGGUGAAAAACCUUUUGAUUGCAAUCACUGUGGAAAAGCUUUCACAAUGAGGUCAAGUCUUGCUACCCAUCAGAGAAUCCAUACUGGAGAGAAGCCUUUUGAUUGUAAACACUGUGGAAAGGUUUUCACAAAGAGCUCCUAUCUUGCUCAGCAUCAGAGAAUUCACACUGGAGAAAAACCUUAUGAAUGUAAUCAGUGUGGAAAGGCCUUCACACAAAGAUCUAGUCUUGCUAAACAUCAGAGAAUUCACACUGGAGAGAAACCUUAUAAAUGUAAUCAAUGUGGAAAGACGUUCACAAAGAGCUCUAGUCUAGCUGUACAUCAGAAAAUCCACACUGGAGAGCAACAUUUUGAUUGUAAUCAAUGUGGAAAGACUUUCACAAGAAGGUGCCAUCUUGCUAGACAUCAAAUAAUCCACAUGGGAGAGAAACAUUUUGAUUGUAAUCAGUGUGGAAAGGCUUUCACAAAAAAGUGUCAUCUUGCUAAACAUCAAAGAUUGCACAGUAGGGCUAAUAUAACAAAAAUGACAAUUUUGCCUAAACUAAUUUCUGUAUUCAAUGUCUUCUCUAAUGACCAAAAGUUUAUUUUGAUGAAUUAGGGGAAAAAACAAUAACUAUUCAUUUGGAAGUUCAAAAAACCAAGAAUAACAUAAAAAAACCCACUAAGGAGGUUUAGCAGUAUCAGACCUUAAAUUUUAUUAUAAAGCAGUAAUUGUUAAAAUUGUGUGGUACUAGAUAAAAAAUGGAAAGGUAAAUCAUUGGAACAGGAGAGAAACAAUUUGUAGCAGCAAAUUACUAUAGUAAUCUGAUAUUUUAUAAGUGUAAAGACCAGAAUUUGGGGAAUAAGAAAUCGUUAUUGAUAAAUGUUGUUGGGAAAGCUAGAAAACAGUCCGGCAGAAUUGGCAAAGGCCAAUAUCUUAAACCAUUCACCAACAUAAGGCCAAAACAAAUACAUCAUCUAGAGCUAAAGAGAGACAUUAUAGAAAAAAAAAAUUGAUGAACAUGGAAAAUUCUCAGGUUUGUGAAUAGGUGAAGAAUUUAUGAAUAAACAAGAGUGUGAGAUAUAAAAUGGACAAUAUCACUUACAUUAAGUUAAGAAGAGUUUGUGCAAAUAAAGAAAUUUAGCCAAAAUCAGAAGGAUCUCAGAAAACAAGAGGAAAACCUUAUAUAGGCAGUUUCCUCCAAUACAGGUUUCAUGUCUUAAAUAUAUAAAAACCUUUGCAAAAUCUGUUACAAUACUAGUUAUUCCUCAAUUGAUGAAUGGUUAAAGGAUAUCCAUGGGCAGCUUUUCAUUGGAAAAAAUCCAAACUAUAGUCAUUUGAAGAAAUGCUCUAAAUCAGGAGUGGGGAACUAUUUUUUUUUGCCAAGAUCCAUUUAGAUACGCAUAAUUAGUGAGCUAUACAAAAUUAUCAGCUGAUAGAACUCAAGCAGUGGAGGUUAUUGUACCUAGCUUUCAGCUUAUCUCAUCUAUGGAUCCCUUAGGAAAUGAUUUCAUGGGUCUUAUACAACCCUCAGCCCAGAUAUUCCCCAGCACCACUUUAAACCAAUAUGAGAAAUGCAAAUUAAAGCAACCUUGAGAUACCAUUUUAUACCCAUCAGAUUGGCUAAAAUGAUUGAAGAAGAAAGUGACAGAUGUUGGAGGGGAUAUGGAAAAAUUGGGUCACUAAUUCAUUUUUGGUAGAAUUGUGAAUUGUUUCAACCAUUUAAAGAGCAAUCUGGAAGAAUGCUCAAAGAGUUACUAAAUUGCCUAUGCCCUUUGAUCAAACAAUUCUGUUAUUUGGUCUAUUUCCCAAGAUGAUUAGGAUAAAAGAAAAACAAUUUUCUAAAUUCUUGCUAAAUAAAUAGCAGCUCUCUUUGUGCUGGCAAAAGACUGGAAAUUGCAGGGAUGCCCAUCAAUUGAGGAAUGGCUAAACAAGUUGUGAUUUAUGAUUGUGAUGGAAUACGACUCUGCUAUAAAAAAUGAUGAACCUGAUUAUCUUUUUAAAAUGGAUUAACUUUUUAAAAGAAAAAAUAUAUAUAAUAUGUAUAUGUACAGGGUCCUUUGGCAAUAAAACUGGUUAUGACGUGA